AAAUAAGAUGAGCACACCUUUGUAUAACAUUUACUAUCGUCUCAACCCAUUCUCCCACAGAGAAUAUAAUGGAGAACUUACUCAAGAAUUACCAGCUCUCCCAGUCAACAGAUUGAUCCAAAAGUAUUCCCAAUACUCUUUCUUGGGUACUAAGAAGAUGUUGCCAGAUAUUAGAUUCCCAUCAAACAACUCUGAUUUCUACAAGAAGUGUUAUUUGAACUUCUCAGUCUGGAGAAAGUGUUUGGGCGAACACGCUGCUGAUGGUGUCGAUAAGGAAGAUCCAAAUGCUGCUGUCUGUAAGAGAUACGAACAAUUGGCUAGAUUCUCUUGCCCAAUGAAUGACUACGAAAAUAUGCUCGCUCAAGUUGAAAAGGACUCUUUUGUUGCUACAAUGGGUUUCGAAGCUAAAUAUGAAGGAUCAUCACCAACAGUUUUGAAGGUCGACCAUCACAACAAGGUCGUCAAGGUUCUCCACAAAUCCAAGAACAGUCAAUACAAUGAAGGUGAUACUUACUCUAGAAUCAGACAAUACUACUUCUAUUAAACUAAUAGUCAUUUCUCUCUCUACUGACUAACGACGAAUAAAACCAAGAACACUCUGGGUGUUUGAACACAGGGAAUAUAUUUUAUAUUGAAAA